AUUACAGCCGUGACGUCGCCGUUUACAUAACAGGGAGGCACCGACGGCGGUUGUUGUUGUUGUUUUCGUGCCCGGGCUCGUAGUUGUCGUCCGCAGAAACAUGAUGUGGAAGCUUGUCUUCGCCGCCCUCGCGGCCGUUUUCGCCGUCGGGCUAGGCGGUAUGGUGGGGGGAUUCCAGGACGCAGAUGUCAAUGAGGCCGGGGUACAAAAUGCCAUCAACUUCGCCGUCGUCCAACACAACAGAGGCACCAACGACCUGUACCUCAGGCAAGUGGCAGAGGUGGUUAAGGUUAAGAGACAGGUGGUUGCUGGCACCAAGUAUGUAAUAACUGCGAUAAUGGCAAAGACCCCCUGCAGAAAGGACCUUGUGAAUGAAGUGUGUGCCAUCCACCAAGACCCACAAUUGGCUCAGCCUUACCAGUGCACUUUUACCGUGUGGAGUCGCCCAUGGAUGAAUGACAUCAAGUUGUUGAAUCAGCAAUGCUAGACGGAGAACUGUGUGGCAAAUCAUCAGUGGUGGCAUUGUUUGCAAAAUAAAAUGAAUUAAAAAAUGUGUUUUCUUGUCAACAAAUCAUAAAAGUAUUAACAUCAAAAUUUUUCUAAUUCUAUUUCACUAUUCUAGAGUAAAAGACCUCUGAAAGUCACAUUGUGUCUAACUUCAGCAUAUCCUAUGCACUGCAGAGGUACAGUACCUUAAACUUAAGAGGAGCAGCUUUGUAAUAUGUAGUCUUUUAAUCAAGUCAAUAACAAAUUAUUGUGUACCGAAUUAUUAAAUGAAAACCACAUGCUGUUUAAAAAUGAAAUUAAAGUAGCACGUGAACUU